UUUGCCAUAGUAACAGUGACAAAACAAGCGGGUCCCAGAGCAAGGAGACAGAGAGAGACAAAAAAUGCUUCAAAUCCGGCACAGAAUCUCUCUAUCAAUCUCUGCAAUUCAUCUGAGCGUUCAAGGAAGCAGACGGCGAGCCAAAGAAGGAACGCUUGUGUGAAAGGAUGUGUGCAGCUUCACGUUUAUAGAAGAAAAAGCUGAUGAAAAACAUUUGUUCCUUGGAUGGACAUUUGGAUAAAGAUAUACCCUCUGUUAUUUUUUAUUAACGGUUAUUGCUGUUUUUUGAUAUCAUGAAUGCAGACACUCAGUAUGAGGACUCGGUGUCCAUCAUGGUUCUGGAGAACAUCAAGAACAGACUGCUACAUGCCUUCAGAACAACAGCAGAACCAAGAGCCUCCACCGGGACGGCUUAUCCCAUCGGAAAGACUUUCCAAGUCAAUGAAGAACUUCGAAGGGCCAAAAUUGAUGGAGCCAUAACAUGGUUAAGAUCAGAGUUGCUAGAGAUGCGCUCUCAGGACCGACAGCUCGCUCAGACUCUGCUGGGACUUAACAAAGAGAUUCAGAGGCUCAGACGAGAGAACGGAUGCUUGCUUUCGGAGCCUGACAGCAGUGACCACACAGAGGAGAUGUGA